UCUUUUUUGCUGUUCGUCAAGAUUUCAUUAACUCUGUCGCCUCUUCAAAUUUUUAUGCGAUUUCGUUGAGUGUAAGUCGGAUUCCUUAAGAAUAAUAUCAUCGAUUAGUGAGAUUUUUUUUUGUAAGGAAGCCAUUAGGUGGUGACUGGUGAAGAAGUUGAGAAAUUUGGGAGAAAUUGGAUUAUUAGUACCUGUUAUGUUACUUUUUUUGGCCGACGAAGUGGAAUCUUUUUCGUCGAGUCUUUAUGCUUGCAAUUAUUUUAGGGCUACUUCAUCUUGUUAUCUGCUUUUUUCUCUAAGCUAGUAGAGGAACUAAGAAAGAUGUUUGAUGGGUUCUUCGCAUUACUUGUUUUUGUGGUUUUUUGUCAGCCUAUGAUUGAAAUGGAAAAUGAUUUGGGGCGUGAUUUGAUUAGUGAUUUGCCAGAUAGCAUUAUAGAAACCAUACUCACAAAGCUUCCAAUCAGGGAUGCUGUGAGAACAAGCGUCUUAUCUCCAAGGUGGAGGUAUAGAUGGGCGUCCAUGACCAAUCUUGUGUUUGACGACAGGGGUGUGGUCGGGUAUGAAGAAAUCGUGCAUUUUAUACUCAAGUUUUUGUUUCUUCAUGAUGGUCCGAUUCACAAGUUUUCUGUCCAAUCAUCAUAUCUGCACGCCUCAGCUGAACUUGAUCAGUGGCUUCUCUUUCUCUCGCGGAGAGAAGUCAAAGAGUUGAUCAUUGAAUUAAGGGAGGAUGAGUGGUUUAGGGCACCCUCUAGUCUUUUCUCUUUCAAGAAUCUGACUCGGUUGGAGCUUGUUCAUUGUGAGCUAUACCCCCCGCCUAAUUUCAAUGGCUUCAUGUGGUUGAAACACAUUGAUUUUCAGCAUGUUGUGUUCCCGCAAGAUGAUUAUGAUCACCUCAUUGCAAGUUGCCCCCUCCUUGAGACUCUGACAUUGACGUCCUAUGAUAGCAUCGAGUUGUCUAUCCACGCUCCGAACCUCAAGUACUUGACUGUGGAUGGCGAAUUUAUGAAAUUAUGUCUUGCACACACUCCACAUUUGGUUGCUGCGGGUUUUAAUAUAUACAUGACUGAUCAUAUUGCUGCACAUUUGGAACAAAGCUCCAGCUGCAAUUUAGACAAGUUUCUUGGUGGUGCUCCCAAGCUUGAGAGGCUGGUUGGGAAGGUGUACUUUGUCAAGUUUGUGAGUGUAGGUAUUGGCCACGGACGUAGACUAAUGACUUACCACCAUUUGAAGUAUAUCGAGUUAUACGAAGUUAACUUUGAAGACCUUAAGGAAGUAUUGGUCAUGCUUCAACUGAUUGUAAAUUCUCCGAUUCUGAAGACACUGCAAGUCUCUGUUUCCACUGCUUCUCAUAUGACGUUAUAUCCUGAGGACUUGCUAUUUUGGGACAAGAACGCUUUCGAUGAUUCCACGCUACAUGAGUUGAAGACUGUGAAGUUUAGUGACGUGUCUGGUACACCAGUUGAAAUGGGGUUUAUCAAGUUUCUACUUGAGCAUUCGCCUUGUCUUGAAGAAAUGAGUAUUAGACCAAGUUUGUAUCUGACGGAUGCAAGUUUGUCUAUGUUGGUAGAGUUGGUGAGCUUUCGACGUGCUUCUCCACAAGCAUCCAUCGUUUUCAUUCAUGAUCCUAUUUGAUUCCUGCUGCAACUUGUGCAUAACGAACCUCAUCUCGGUUUUUGCCCUAAGAUUUGAAAAAUGUGAAAGUAGUUUUUUCUAUUGCAGUAUGUUCUUUACAUAAUGCUAGUGUAUUUUUGCUUCUGACUGAAGGCUGAAGCCACCAUGUAUUUGAUGACAACGUAAAUAUACGAUUGAUAUUGAUAAAAAUGAAUCAUUAUUU